GUAUGUGAUCUGUAGCUUGUAUCAAACGGAGUUCCUCCCAUUACCCAAUUACACACCGCCUUAACCCCCCAACCCCUGGCAAACCUAAUGCAUAAAGACUAACAGGGCGAGAGAGGGAGACCAAAACCCUGGGGGCACUGGUGUCCCGACUCCGUCUCAAAGUGCGCACUUUAUGUGGCUUGUUGACAAAGCUAAUUCAAUCGAACCUGUUAAAAAGAAUUUCAAUGACACCCACCCCCUGCCCCCUUCGUGUCUAAAUCUGCCAAAGACAUAUUUACAGUGAAAGGGACCCUGUACUCGAAUAAAGUUACAAACAAUUGCAGGUUAUUGUAUUAAACAAAACCCUUUUUAGUUCAUUCUUCAAAUCCGUCUCUUUUUAAGACGUGGAUAAAUCGAACGAUUCAGUUACCUGGUUUGUCAAAACCAUGCGGUUGGGUUUGUAGUUUGAUAUUUUUUCAUGGCAGCGGUAGAAGAUUUGUUUAAUUUUAAAGUUGUAAACAUACAGAUUAUUUUAUAUAUUUGCGUGUGUGCGUUUGUCCCUCUCUCUCGCUCUUUCUCUCUGCGAGCCAAUGAGGUUUUGAGUUAGCGGCCCGUCAGUUCGCCCUCUGUCAUUGGCUGCCUGUCGUUAUUAUUGACGGGUGGUUCACACUAUGUUUACGGACCAGACUGGGCUGCUUGGCGCCAGUGUGAGGAGUGGAAUGGUUUCAGGAACACAAAAACCACUGAUGCUUUGCAUUUUACCAGCCUUUCGUCCAGUGCCCCUUAAUACAUUCUGUCUCUCUCUGUCUCCCUCCCUCUCUCUCUCCCCACACCGACUGCAGCAACACAAGAAUAUACAGCGGGUUUGCUGUUUCGUUAGCAUUCCGGACUUGUUAAACUUUCCAAAACUUGUGUGUGAGCUGUUCCGUGUUCAUUCGUGAGGCACCGAAUCCACUCGGCCUGGCCAAGGCGAGACUUUCAGUUUUGCUUUAACUCUUUUUUUAAAAAAAAGUCCCCUCCCCUCCUCUCUCCCUCCUCCCCCCGCUUCAAAAAAGGAAUAAGGACAAACAGAGAGAGAGAGAGUGACCCAGUUUGGAAAAGGCUAUGGAAGUGACUGCGGAACAGCCUCGCUGGAUGAGCCAUCACGCCGUCCUCAACACUCAGCACCCGGAAACUCACCCGAACAUUUCUCACAAUUACAUGGAGCCCAGUCAACUGCUGCCCCCGGAUGAGGUCGAUGUGUUUUUUAACCAUCUCGAUGGUCAGGGCAGCCCGGUCUCUCCUUAUUACAGCAACUCUCCGCACGCUCGUGCCACCGUCUCCUACCGACAGGCCCACGCUCGCCUGACGGGCGGCCAGGUCUGCCGACCCCACCUCCUGCACAGUCCCGGGUUAUCGUGGCUGGACAGCGGUAAAGCGCUGGUGGCGGCUCAUCAUCAUCAUCACAACAGCACGGCGUGGACCGUCAGCCCGUUCAGCAAGGGAGCAUUGCACCCAGGCGCCCCGAGUAGCAUCACCGUGUACCCGGGCAGCGGUUCCGCACCGUCCCUGUCCCAGGCGGCGGCGGCGGCAGCGGCGGCGGCGGCAGCGGCUCACUCCAGCCCCCAUCACCUCUUCAGCUUCCCACCCACCCCACCCAAGGACGUGUCCCCGGAUCUGGGCGCUCACAGCUCGGUGUCCCCCUCCAGCUCAGCGGCGGCGGCAGCAGAGGGACGAGAGUGUGUAAAUUGUGGAGCGACUUCCACGCCGCUGUGGAGGAGAGAUGGAACGGGACAUUACCUAUGCAAUGCUUGUGGCCUUUACCAUAAGAUGAACGGACAGAACAGGCCCCUCAUUAAACCGAAAAGGAGAUUGUCGGCCGCCCGGAGAGCAGGGACAUCGUGCGCUAACUGUCAGACCAGUACCACGACCCUGUGGCGGCGGAACGCUAACGGGGACCCGGUGUGCAACGCGUGCGGCCUCUACUUCAAGCUCCACAAUGUGAACCGGCCCCUGACGAUGAAGAAGGAAGGCAUUCAGACCCGGAACAGGAAGAUGUCAAGCAAGUCGAAGAAAAGCAAGAGGAUGUCGGAUGGUUUCGAGGAGCUGUCCAAGUGCAUGCAAGACAAGACCUCGUCGUUCAGCUUGGCGGGGCACAUGCAGCACAUGGGGCACCUGCCCCCUUUCAGCCACGCGGGUCAUGUGUUGCCCACGCCUACCCCCAUUCAUCCAUCAUCCAGCCUCUCGUUCGCACACCCUCACCCUUCCAGCAUGGUGACCGCCAUGGGCUAGGAAGAAUGGCCACUCCCUCAGAGAAGGACAACACGGAGAGUGAGAAAGACAGGAGAGAAGCGAGAAAAACAAACAGUACACAAGGUUUUUGCCUUUUAUCUUUUUUUUUCCUUUCAAAAAAAAAGGAAGCGAAGAGAAAUCACGGACGAUGUGUUGUUUGGAAACAUUGCAGGGGUUUGGGGAGGUGCAGGAGAAUGGGUCCCCCAGUAAUUGCCUGGUCAAGUUUGCAAGACUUUUGAGUAGGAGUCAAAUAAAAAAAAAUUACUGUGCCCUUCUUCAGACAUAUACCAGGAAACUGUACAGGAUUGCCAUUGCCUCUUCAGGAUAAUUUGAGAGACACAGAGAGGGAGGAUUGCAUCAGUAAAGUAUCAAGGACUUUCAUCCUUGUUAUCGAUGUGAAUAUUGUAAAUCAGAGAAUUCAGGAUAAAUUAACUGAUAAAACCUAAUAACUGAUGCUGGAUUCUUUUCAUUUUAAAAACACAAAAAAAAACACUCUCAAAAAAUAAGCAAAGCCACUUAACUUUGAAAUAUAUUUCUUUCUGUUUGUCUUGCUUUAAUUGUUUCAUGUUGUGCAGAUAUUUUUGUUGUUCUGAGGGGAAGGUUAGUGCUGAUUCUAUGAUGAAACACAUCCUUAGAGUGAGCUUCCUGGGACAGGGUCAUGAGGUCAAAUACACUGUCUGGGCGUAGAUCCUGGGGUGUUGGUCCAUGUUGACGCCUAACCUCAGUCAUUUUGCUGUGUUGAGUUAACUGGUGAAAGGUGGGUCACAUCAGUGAAGACCCCUUCAGGGAGGAUGGGCAUACUGAUGGUGUCAUGAUGUGGUGAAUCUGGGUGAGGUGAAGAUAGGAUAGAGCCCAUUGUGAUAGCGAGCUGUUAUUCACUUGUGGAAUUGGGUGAAGAAUGUCUGUUUGAAGAGAGGUGGGGAAACAUUGCCGGGGGAUAGUGUUGGGGAAGGUUUUUGGGAAGCCACUGGGGAUCAUCUGAGCAAGACAUGAGGAUGGAUGAGGUGUGUGGGAAGUGGGGUAGAUAGCGAGAGCCUGCAUCCAUUAACAAAUGAGUCUGUAUCUUCCAAGUCAAUUCUCAGUGUCAGCCACACACCAACUCUAUGAGUGAAAAAGACCUUUCUGUGUAGAUAAUUAAUUGUGUACAUUAUUAUUAAUACUUAAUGAGCUGGCAGAUAAAUACACAUGAGAUCUCCAGGAUGUUUGCCGUCUUCAUCUUAAUUUAAGGUGACAGAUUGCUGCCCCCACUUAAGACCUAAAAGUGACAUUGUGCUUUAACAAUAAUUAGGCCCAAUAUUAGAGAACACAUUGGGUGCAUGCAAACUCAUCGUAACACUAGUUACUUUAAGCCGGAGCAUUUUAAGCAUAUUGCCAAACUGGCCUCAGAACGUGUCAACAAAUUAUUAAACAACAAAGAAAUGCAUUUAUAUGGCACCUUUAAUGUUGCAAAACACCUUUAAAUAUGUCAAAUGAGGCAAAAUUUGACAUGGGGCUGGAUAUUAGGAAAUUUUUGGGGAGGUGUAGGUUUUAAAAAGAGUCCCAAAGGAGGAAGGAAUUUGAGAAGGAGCAGUUUGAGAAUAUCGCACAAGCAUUUUACAGUGGGGCCAAGGUAGGAGAUUUUGUUAAAGGUUGCUUUGAAAAACACUGUUUUUUAUGACGGUCAUUUAGAUUUGAGUUAUGCAGUAUCAACUUCAAAAUCAGUGUGCCAUUUAAACAAAGCUGGUUCCUUCCAACACUGUAACCUCGGAGCUGAAAUAUAGCAAUGAUGAUACAGUAGAGUUCUUACCAUUAUUUUAUAACUCUCUCAAAAUUAAAGUUCCCUUCCUUCUCCUUCUUGUACAGUACUCCAAACAUGCUCACUUAGAAAGUUUGACACGUGAUGAAGGAAAUUCUCACUGUGCAGUGUUGAACUAGAUACAGGGUGAAGAAAAAAGAAGUGUCCUAUUCAAUAUAUUUUCCUGUGCUCUGAGCUCUGUGUCUGUGCUGUGUAAAUUUAUACUUUUGUAGAAGAGGGAUGGAUAAAUAUGGCCGUGCACUUGAGAUCUGAUGACUAUAUAAUGUAAUUGUGUUAUAUAAUGCUGAAUAAGACAGGAAGGGUAUUGAGGAAUUGGAUCACAUCAGCGCAGUUCACUCAGUAGAAAUUCACAAUACCAGCAUCUAUGAGCCCUUUCUCCUCCUGCACCCUGAAAUAUUUUCUGCUCUGCAUAUGCCAUCAAAAUAACAUUGGAAAUAAAAUAUCCAUUACCACAUAACGACAGUGACUGUACAGUAAUUCUUUGGUUGUGAGGUUUUACCUUGACAGUUUGCAAAGACAUGUUAUAAAUGCAAGUUGCUUCUUUUAUUCCAUUCCACUCCUGAACAUAAAAUGCGCAUCAGUGGCUUUUUAAAACAAAGAGCACAGCCAGUAAGACACGUCCACAUAUUGGCUAUACCUUAGUUUAGCAUUCUUUCAAAGUGGGGCAAAGGGAGACAAGCAGAUUGUACCUUCAACUGGUAGUCACAUCAUUUUCCUUUUCAACUUCAUAAGUAUCAGGUCAAUAAAAAUAUUUCAUGAAUAUUUCUCAAGGACCGAACAGCCAUAUUAAAAAUCAGCUUUAAAUGUUUAUACGAUGGAUUGCUAGUGGCACUCGGCAUAUAUAGCUGCACUUUGUAUAGGUUAUAUAUAAUAUCGGAGAGGGUGGGAGAGAAGGAGGGCAAUUACUGUCAUGUGUGAGAUACAACUUAAAAAAAAUCCUUUUUCUCUUUUGUUGAAUAAAUUGACACCCGGUGUGUGUGUUUUAUUUUCAAAUAUGGUACAGCGAAUAAUAAUUUGAAAGGAAGCUGAUUUUUUUUUCAUCUGGGAAUGUCAAGGGGAGAGUUACUGACAAAAAUAUUUUUUAAAAACAAAAAGCAAAAAAAAAUCAGAAUAAGAGGACAAGGUGCAAUAUAUUGUCACUCACUGCAGUAUAGCCUUUUCCGCAGUGAAGAUUUUUAAAUUAUUUUGUAUCUAUCACUAUAAACAUAUGUUGUUUUCUCGCAGUAUUUACAUUUUUUUUCCUUGUUUUAUUUUUUGUUGGUAGAUUAAGUUAUUGGUUAAAUAUGUACAACAUGUUUAUAUAAUUAUCUGUAUAAAUGUGUAUCUUAUCAUCAUUAUUCCCCAUGAACAUUGCUAAAGGUAAUAAUAAAAAAAAUUAAAAACCAGUUGUUUUUGCAAACAACUUUGUUUUUAGCU